AACGAAUUUGCAGCCUCGAACUCGUGCAGCUGCCCGCUCGCCAGCAUGCCUGCUGCAAAGGAGGCGAGCCGUCACACAAAAGCAAGAUGGAGGAUCUCACAGUCGAAGUAUGCGGCGAAAACGGAGCAUAUUAUAAGGCCUUUGUCACCGAUGUCUUUGAAGACGAGGUUCUGGUAACUUUUGAAAAUGAUUGGCAACCAGAAUCAAAAUUUCCAUUUGCUCAAGUACGUCUACCUCCAAAAGAUGGUCCAAAAUCUGAGUUUCAGGAGAACCAGGAGAUUGAGGUAUUUUCUAGGUCCAAUGAGCAUGAAGCAUGGGGAUGGUGGAAAGCGGUCAUUAAGAUGAGUAAAGGAGGUUUUCAAGUAGUUGAAUAUUCUGGGUGGGAGUGUGCUUAUACUGAAAUUGUAGCUAGUGAGCGACUAAGGGCAAAAAAUCCAAAUCCCCCUAUUGAUAAAAAUACGUUUUACAAGAUCGAAAUUGAAGUACCUGAAGAUCUAAGAGAAUUUGCCAAAAUGGAAAAUGCACAUAAGGAAUUUCAAAAAGCGAUAGGGGCGGCAGUGUGCCGAUAUGUGCCUGAACGAGGAGUAUUGCUGGCCAUCUCCCGUCACGAAAAUUUACAUCGUCACAGUAGCAUGCUCCAAGAAAUGCACUUUAGAAACUUAUCGCAAAAGGUGUUGCUUUUGAAAAGAACGGAAGAAGCGGCGCGUCAACUUGAAUCCACUAAACUUCAAACAAUUGGGGGAUACACAGAUGAAUUUAAUGUUCGGGAAGACUUGAUGGGUUUAGCAAUUGGUGCUCACGGCGCAAACAUUCAGCAGGCUAGGAAAGUCGAUGGAAUUACGAAUAUAGAAUUAGAAGAAAAUUCGUGCACCUUUAAAAUAUAUGGAGAGACACAUGAGGCUGUUAAAAAGGCUCGUUCUAUGCUUGAAUAUAGUGAAGAAUCUAUACAAGUACCUCGUGUUUUGGUAGGCAAAGUUAUUGGAAAAAAUGGUCGUGUAAUACAGGAAAUAGUUGACAAAAGUGGUGUGGUACGAGUAAAAAUUGAAGGAGACAACGAACCUCAACCAACGAUCCCUAGAGAAGAGGGUCAGGUGCCCUUUGUGUUUGUUGGCACUGUUGAAAGUAUUGCUAGUGCCAAAAUGUUAUUAGAGUAUCAUUUGGCACACCUAAGGGAAGUAGAACAGUUACGGCAAGAGAAAUUAGAAAUUGACCAACAACUAAGAAGCAUGCACGGCUCAACAACAGGACCAAUGCCCAACUUUCCUCCAACAAGACGAGGAAUGAUUACAGGCCCAGAGGAAGGUGGCGGAGGUCGUGGAGGUCGUGGUGGUCAAUCUCGUGGACGUGGCAGGGGUAGGGCACCCACCAGACACAAUGCCGGGUUACGCCGAGACACCUUAGAUGGAAGUGAAGAUCGAGUAAGAGAUUUACCUCCAAGAGGUGGUCAUCAAGGUGCUGGCAAUUCAGGGUACAUGGGUGGUAGACAAGGUCGUCCUCCAACUCAACGUAGAGAUCGUAGAGACGAACGUCGCCGAACCACCGAUGACGAAGACACCGUUCUCGAUAGCCAAGAUGUUUCAAGCAUUGAUAGAGAGUCUGUAUCAAGUGUGGAGGGAGGACCUAAAGGUAUAAGGCGAAGACGGAUUCGACGGUCACGACAACGUAGCGUUACACCAACAAGUAAUCAAAAAGGCAGUAAUGCCGGCCCAGGAGACCAGUCAACUGUAACUAGUAAGGAAGGAACACCAGCAAAUGACGUUUCUACUACUAACAACAGUUCCCAAGGGCCUAAAGGCCAAAGAGAACCACGGCCUCGUCAUACCCGUAUGCAACAGAGCAAUAAGCCUAAGGAAGCUCUGGUUAAUGGUACCAGUGGCUAAAUAACCUGUAUGGUCGACAGCUGCUACUUACAUAUAACACUACACCUGAUGAGAGCUAUUAACACCCGGCACAUAACAUGACGCAUACCUACGCAAGGACUACACGAUUAUGGAACGCGACAUGAUUAGUCUACGCUCGUUGUUAAGACUGUUUGCUACCGAUAAGAAUACGACAGUUGUUUAAGAAAUCGUCAUUCUCCUUAAACACAUUUAAGGACACAUAUUAAUAUCCAUGCAUGGUUUAGUUUAAUGAUAGUAAUUAUGCUGUCAUGUUUGAUAUAUGGAUACAUUCAUUGGGAGAUAGUAGAAGCAUCUGGUAAAAUGAAAAAAAAAAAAAAAAAGAAUCCCCUGAUUGUGAAACUGUGCCUCAUUUUUAUACCGAGCUCCCAACUUGUGUGACAGUAAUUCGGAUGUACUAUAAAGUACCUCUUAAUCAUUCGUGAAAUGAUCCAAUAAUAGGCUGGAUAUUCGUGGCUCGUACGUCAAUUAUCAAUUCGAACAUCUUUCUCCUAGAUAUGUCGCUACAUUUAUGAAAAAAUAACACAAUGCGUACGGAAUUACAGGAUGUAAUCAAUAUCAAUGUUAUUUUUAAUUUUUUUAAUAAUGCAGUGUUUGCAGCAAGAAAUUGUUGACGCGUUUGUUACGAUUUUACGACAUUGAUGUACGUUAAGAAAACGUACGUGUUUUGUGUUAUUUUUAUAUUAAUGUUAGAAAAAAAACAAUGAGUGAAUAUAUUUGAUAUAUUUAUUUUCGCGGCAAAACUAGGAUGAAACGUAACGUGAUGCAAGACAAAAAAAAAAUGGAUUUCCAUUGUUAAACAUAACAAUGGUAGGCGGCAGCUGCAUGAAAUCUUGGUUAAAAGGCGUUCCCAAUGAUGUUCCUUCUAUUUACUUCACAAGAUUGAGUUUUUUUUUUUUUUUUUGGUUUACAAUUAUUCGUAGUUAUUUAACGACACUAGAUUUUUAUGUUUCAAUGCUGAGUGUUGAUUAAUAAUACCAUGAUGAAUGCUAAAAUAACUUACUUGAUUAUGAAAGAACACAAAUGGAUGUGCACAAGACGUCGGUUUUUAUUUCCGGGUUCACUUUUCACGUAAUUUAGUCUUUUUUGUUUUUUAUUACAGUCUAAGCAUACUAUAUCAAAUAUUAGAAUUUGAUAUGACGUUCGUUUUUGCAUUGUUUCGCAUGAUUUAAAAAGAAAGUAAACGUAUACUUAGUAAUACCAAUGUAUGAUGUGCCAGAGAAGGAAUGAUACAUGUUUUAUGAUAUCUAGCUGAAGUGCAGACUUAGCGCAUACCUUUAUUACUAUAAUACUACUUAGUCGAAAUGUGGAUGUCUGAAAAAAAAUAAACUAGCUUUACUAUACUAAGCUAUAAAAUAGAUACGGCUAGCUGUUUUAAAUUGAUUAUCAGUGAACAUGAAAAAUUAUCUGUCAAUUUAAAACAGUUGCCUCUUCUUCCGGAUAUGACAACAACUAAUCGGACGUGUCUUAUGGAUUUUGCAAAAACGCAUGGCGGUUGAUGCAACACAUUGACACCUAACAAAAUAGCUGCCAUUUUAUCUGAAUAUUCACAUGGCAGCCAAAAAACUGAGAUAUCCCCCAACUUGCUUGUUUCAGAUACAUUUGUAUUGAUUGCAAUUUGUGCAUAAUUUAAGAAUAAAACAUUUCUGUACAUAGA